GCGUAACGUUCCUUCUAGCAAUUAGAUAGCGUAGGUAGCCAUUUCAGUAUUUUUAUGCGUUUUGGAAGGCAUAAUUUAAUAUCCACUAAAAUAAAAGGAGUUCGUAUAUCUAAUUAGGUAAAAUAGUUUCUAAACAUUAGAAUUAUUUAUCCUAGUAGUCUGAAAUGGAAGAGGAAAUUAUUAUGGUCCCUGAGGACGGGUUUAGUUCUGCAGAGAAGUUCGUAUGGAGCAGACCAAUGGUACUUACAUUGAUAGAAGAGUAUAAGAAAGUCGAACAUGAAUUCAAGGAUUCAAACAUUAAAAAGAAGCAUAUUUGGCGUAAGAUAGCUCAACACCUUGCAGAGAGGGGUUACCACAAUGUGAAUGAAGAUAUGUGUGAUAAAAAAUGGCGUAACCUUAAGAAAACGUUUAAAGAAAUUUAUGUUGGACAAAGAGGGUCUCCUUUGAGAACUAAAUGGGGAUUUUACAACGCAGUAGAAGAAAUAUUCAGUAAAGAUCCAAAUAUUGUAAGUGCUGCAUCAGUUUCAGUUUCAACAAAGCCGUUUUUAACCACAAAGAAAAUUCCAGGUCCUGAUGGACAGGAAAUGCAAGUUGAAAUAAUGGAAGUUGUUGGGAAUUUGCAUGAUGAAUAUCUGGAAGAUGGAGAAGCGGUAAUUGCUGAAAAUUCUGAAGAUCGUGCCUAUGGACCUUUCGAUUCUUCAGUUCAGCAACCUCCUGCGUGGUUCACAGAAUUUCUACAGCAGUACCAUAAUGAUGAAGAGAGGAGAAUAGAAAUGCUAAAUAAAAUGCAUGCUGAUAUAAUUGCUUUGGAGGAAAAGAAGUGUGCACUAUUAGCAACAUUAAUUGAGAAGCUGGGAGGCCCUGCUAAGGUACAAGAGAAUGAGAAAUGUGUAUCAUCUGAAUUUCAGGAGCUAGAGCAAAAUCCAGAGUGUGAAAUAGCAGAAAAUUGUAAGAAUUAAGGUUGGGGAAUAUGUAAAUUUGAAUGAAGGCACAGAUAUUACUGCAACUUUCUGCAUUAAGUCUUAAGUCUGUUUAAUAUAUGUUAGCUAUGAUGUAAUUGACACACACUACAGCACACAACAGUUUAUUCCUGAACCUAUAAUUGCAAGAUGCAAUGUUGGUCAAAUUUAUGUUUGCAUUUUAUGGCUGUUACUGUGUAGAGUUACAGGAAGUUAUUAUUUUUACUGUUCACUCUUAAUCUUUCAGAAAAGUAAGUUCCUAGCCUAAUUAUAGAAAACUAUAAUAGCCAGGAUAGUGUAGUCAUUAUAGCAACUGGCUACAGGCUGGACAACCAAAGGGUUGGCGUUCAAGUCUCAGUAGGGACAAGAAUUUUCUUUUCUCCAUUUAAUCCAGACUGGCUCUGGGGUCCACCCAACCUCCUAUCCGAUGGGUA